UCACUCUCCGACCUGUCAUAACAAAUCGAGGACGCCUGUCCGGCCGGAUCAAAGGCAGCGAAAACACUUUGCAUUUGGCUGAAAAAAACACAAACCUUCGUGAAAGUGUAGUAAUUUAAGGAAAAUCCAUCCAAAAUGAAUACAUCGGCAGUGAAGCGCCCUUCGGACGCGUUGGUUCCGGUGGUAAAUCCGAAGAAAUCACGCACAGACAUCGUGGCCUAUACGGCCAAAGACAAACAACUUCUCGAGCAGAAUGUGGAGCGAACAUCCGGUCUGUUGGGACCCAUCAUGCUGCUGGAGGGACACGGUGGGGAGAUUUUUUCCACAGAAUUCCACCCGGAAGGGGAGCAUCUCCUGUCGACCGGAUUCGAUCGACAGAUUUUCCUGUGGAAGGUGUACGAUGAGUGCGAAAACGUGGGAGUGCUGAGCGGCCACUCCGGGGCCGUAAUGGAGGCGCACUUUUCACCGGACGGGUCGAACAUCUACACCUGCGCCACGGACAAGGUGGUUGGCGUGUGGGAUGUACCCACGUGCACGCGCAUCCGCAAGCUGAAGGGCCACACACACUUCGUGAACAGCUGCAGCGGGGCCCGCCGUGGACCGACGCUGAUCGUGUCCGGGUCCGAUGAUGCGUCGAUCAAAAUCUGGGACGCACGCAAGCGCCACGUCGUGAGCACGUUCGACAACACGUACCAGGUGACGGCGGUAUGCUUCAACGACACCGCGGAGCAGGUCGUAUCGGGCGGGAUUGACAACGAGAUCAAGGUGUGGGACAUCCGGAAGAAGGAGAUACUGUACCGGCUGCGGGGCCACACGGACACGGUAACGGGGCUGUCCCUGUCGCCCGACGGGUCGUACGUGCUGAGCAACUCGAUGGACAACACGCUGCGCAUCUGGGACAUACGGCCGUACGUGCCGGCCGAGCGGUGCGUGAAAGUGUUCACGGGCCAUCAGCACAACUUUGAGAAGAAUCUGCUUCGUUGCGGCUGGUCACCGGAUGGGCUGAAGAUUAGUGCCGGCUCGGCGGAUCGGUUCGUGUACAUCUGGGACACGACGUCACGCCGCAUCCUGUACAAGCUGCCCGGGCACAAUGGCAGUGUGAAUGAUAUCGAUUUCCACCCGACGGAACCGAUCAUCGUGUCGGGCUCGAGCGACAAAACGCUGUACCUGGGUGAGAUAGAAGCUUAGUAGCAAUAGAGAGAGAGAGAGAAGAUCCAAGUAUGCGUGUGUUUGUCAUCUUAAUAUAUGUGCAUCAACCUCCCACUGGGGCGGAGACAGUGAAACACAAGAAA